GUUGUUCUCCUGGUAGGAUCCGGCUGCAGUGUCGGCUGCUGUCGGGGCAAGGAUGCAACGUCUUCUGGAUCCAGCUGUUGUGUCGGCUGCCGUAGAAUUGAAGAUGCAACGUCUUCUGGAUCCAGCUGUUGUGUCUGCGGCUGUAGAAAGAAAGAUGCAACUUCUCUUGGACCCAGCUGUUGUGUCCGCUGCUGUGGAGGCAAAGAUGGAAAAGCUUUUGGAUUCAGCCGUUGUGUCCGGUGCUGUCGAAGUGACGAUGCAACGUCUUCUGGAGGAGCAGCAGCUGAAGCAGGAACUCAGUCUGUCUCAGAUGAAGGAGAGUCUGCAGCUGGACCUGAAGGACCUGAAGGACCUGCAGGACCUAAACAAUCUGCAGGACCUGAAGGACCUGCAGGACCUGAAGGACCUGAAGGACCUGCAGGACCUGAAGGACCUGCAGGACCUGAAGGCUCAGCUUCUCGUCUUGGACUCAGAGACUCGUCAGCUUCUGCUGCAUGAGGUUUCAGCUCUGAGUCGACAGAUGGAGGAUCAUCAGACGGAGAGUCUUUCUGCCUCUGAGGCUCUCAGAGUCCGGAUCCAGACUUUAGAGCAGCAGAACUCUAAGUUUUCCCAGGAGUGGUCGUCCCUGCAGAUGACGCCCCCCCCAGCCCCCUGUCCUGAACCAGGCCUGCCCCCCGUCCAGCACCAGCUGACCCCCGAGCUGCAGCAGGCCCUGGAGAAGUGGCUCAGUGACCGCAUCAAGGACCAGACGUCGCUCCGCCUCACAGGAAGCUGCUCAGACUGUGGGCGACCCGACGCAGACAAAAUGGCCGACUUUGCUCUGGAGACUCAAGGUCAGAGACAUCAGACAACUUU